AUGCGUCAGCUGCUCUUUGAGGCCGUCAACCUCAUCAAACCAGACGAAAAUGGUCUCCUACCGACUGAAGCUCCUCGAGCCUUUUCUAUGCCCACAUGGCGUAAUCCCCUCUCUAGCUUAGGACUUGUAGAUCCUUAUGUACCAUCGGCACGUGUUGCUCGGCUUCUUCUACACUUGUCCGUUGGGAAGAUGGGCUCGGCCGACGAAGCAUCCUCUCUUGGAACCACGCCCCGGAGCCAGCUUGAGCUUGAAGAAGAGCCUUGCAAGGAUAUGAAUUUGAGGCCCGGUCGGCCAGAUGAAGACAGCCAUGGCGAAGUGUUCAUAGUUAAGGGUGAGUCUUAG